CGCUUGGAUAAGACAAUCACACAUUUCUGCUUGUUUGUUUAGUCGAAAAGCAUGGAAAUGAAGUUACCGCUGUUCAUAUUGUGUAUUUGUGCUGCACAAAUAAUUUCUGGUCAUUUAAUUCCAGAAUCGAUAUUUUAUCCACCACAAUCGCCACCCUCGGGUUAUAUCGUUGGUGGAUCAAACGCUGCAGAUGGACUGGCUCCAUUUCAAUGCUCGAUGCAGUAUGGAGGACAGCAUUUUUGCGGAUGUGCGAUAUUAUCAUCGAAAUUCAUUAUUACUGCUGGUCACUGUGCUGAAGCGCUAGAUGCAUCAAAAAUUACCGUUUUUGUGGGAUCUAAUAAAUUAAGCGGAAAUGGAGCCCAUUAUGGGAUUAAAAAAUCCAAAAUACAUGAGAAAUAUGACAAUCCGGCUUUUGCUUAUGAUAUUGCUGUAUUGGUUGUGAAGGGAGAGAUCGACUUCAACGAAAAAGUUCAACCAAUUGGAUUAUCAGCGUAUGAGAUUCCAGAGGGUUCUGUGGCACAAUUGACUGGCUGGAGGCGUUUAAGUAAUUCCGGAUCAGUGCCCGAUCAAUUGCAGGUGAUAGAAUUGAAUGUGGUUCAAACAGCUGAAUGCAAAAAUAUGCUUGGUCAAGCUGUUCAUGAUAGUCAUAUAUGCACAUACAACGGAGAAGGUGAAGGCGCUUGUUACGGUGAUUCCGGUGGUCCACUGGUUUACAACAACAAAUUGAUUGGAGUCGUCAACUUUGGGAAACCGUGUGCAAAGGGCGCGCCAGACGCCUACGCCAAGAUAUCCUAUUUAUAUGAUUGGAUCAACGAGAAUACCAAAUCUAAUUGAAAAUAAAACAACCUGCGUGGUAUAACAUUUCCACCAUAAUUUGACAUUUAAUAGAAGAAAUUGUCAAGCCAAUAACAUUUGAAUAAAAAAAUGCAAGAUUUCUUUGUUCACCCAAA